UGUGCUUUUCGCUCGGCCGGUGGGAGUGCUGCUGUCGUGUUAUCGUCGCGACGGAGCUAAUUACGGCAAUUUACGUUGUCGCCAACGACAAUAAAGUGAGGCACGUCGUUUCGAAAGAGAGAGAGAGAGAGAGAGAACGCACUGCGACAUCCGCUUCGCGUCAGUGUUUUACUCCGCGAAGAAAUUGCGGAUACUGUACUUCCGCUUAUCCCAGGGAUCGAACCGGGUGAACCGGCAUCACCGGAUGCACGGAACGAGAGCGACGACAAUCGAGCCGGUGUUGGAUUUCAACGUGCGUCUAGCCUAAUUGAUUCGUGACAUCAUAUCACGAAUUGGGAAACAUGUACGGCAUAUUACAAUGGCUCGAUCAUGGCUAGGAUGCUUGUUCGGCAUUUUAGUACCAUCCGUGGUUUUUUACUUGUACCUGCUGUUGAACGUUCCCACCGUGGAGAUAGGCAAAUCGAGCGUCGGAGGGAAGUGGCGAUCGUUAUCGGCGGGGGUGGAGAGAUCGAAUUUGCGGGCGGAAGAUCGCUCUCCCGAACGGUCGCAGUUAAAAAACAAUUUCGAGGUGAAAUGCGAUACGAUACACGUAGCCAUGGUGUGCGCCGGAUACAAUUCAACCUUCGCUCUCGUAACCGUGGUGAAGUCCAUUCUGUUUUAUCGCACGAAUCCGUUGCAUUUUCAUUUGCUCGUCGACGAAAUUGCGAGGAAAACGCUUUCGACCCUGUUCCGAACGUGGGAUUUGCCACAUGUAAAUGUAACGUUCUACGAGGCUGAGAUCUGGGUGCCAAGAGUCUCGUGGAUACCGAACAAGCACUAUUCGGGGGUGUAUGGUCUCCUGAAGUUGAUACUGCCGGAUGCGAUGCGAGAGGACAAAGUGCUCGUGCUGGACACGGACGUAACCAUUCUGACUGACAUGCAUCCAUUGUGGAAGAUGUUCGAGAGAUUCUCGGUUGGCCAGGCCCUGGGCUUGGUCGAGAACCAGAGUAAUUGGUAUGUGAAGGCAUUGUCGUACGGCCAGCGGCCGUGGCCGGCUCUAGGCCGUGGUUUCAACACCGGUGUAAUGCUGAUGCACCUGCGACGUUUACGGGACAGAAAGUUCUCGAGAUCCUGGGAAAGCGUGACGAAACGCGUGUUGGGACACAUACCGGAGACAAGUCUGGCCGAUCAGGACGUGAUAAACGCGGUGAUCAAUGAGCAGUCGAAUAUCGUAUACAAAAUAGAAUGUACCUGGAAUAUACAGCUGAGCGAUCACACGCUAAGUGACACAUGCUAUCGCGACACAAAUCGCAUAAACAUUCUCCAUUGGAAUUCCCCGCGAAAGCAAGACGUUCAUAAUAAGCACGUUAACGAGUUUCGAAAAUUGCACCGGGUCUUCCUCGAAAUGGAUGGCAAUCUGUUGCGAAAGCGCUUGUUUGGCUGUGACAAGCACGAGAGCACACUUCCAUACAACGAAUCGAAUCCGUGUCGAGAAUUCGAGAAGGGCGCUACCAUUUUAUAUCGCACGCAUCCUUUUCUUCUCGAAUACGAAUAUAAUGUGUAUUCGCCAACGGAUGUUGCUUUAGUCACUCAGUGUAGCAUCGAAAGGAUACCGUUGUUGGAAGCGUUAUCGAAACACUGGCCGGGGACUAUAAGCGUCGCGCUUUACUUGACCGAUGCAGAGGUUCAGAAUUUCCUAGAUUUUGUGCGAGGCUCCAUGGAUUUGCGGACGAGAAGGAACAUAGCUUAUCAUGUUGUGUACAAAGACGGGGAUCUUUAUCCUAUCAACUAUUUAAGAAACACUGCAAUAUCAUACGUACCAACUCCAUUCGUUUUCCAACUUGACGUUGACUUCCUUCCGCAAUUUGGGUUAUAUGAAAAUAUCAUGAACUAUAUUAACCGAUUGAAUAUCAACGAAUCGGAUAAAGUAGCUCUAAUCGUGCCAGCAUUUGAAACUGAACGCUAUAGGUUUACAUUUCCCGCCAACAAAGAUGAACUACUGAAGUUUCUUAAACGCGGUAUCUUGUACACGUUCCGUUAUCAUGUCUGGACACAAGGACACGCUGCCACAAAUUACAGCUUUUGGCGAAACAGUACGGAGCCUUACCAAGUUUCAUGGGAGCCAGAUUUCGAACCUUACAUAAUAGUUUCAAAAACAGCUCCGCGAUACGAUACCCGAUUUGUCGGAUUUGGUUGGAAUAAAGUUUCUUACGUGACCCAUUUAACAGCGUUAGAUUACAAAUAUAUCGUUUUACCAGAUACUUUUAUCAUUCAUCGACCUCAUGCACCUAGUUUAGACAUCGGCAAAUUUAGAACUGAUACUGUUUAUAGAAGAUGUCUAAAAAAAUUGAAGGAUGCAUUUGUCGAAGAGCUGGUGGCAAAAUAUGGUGAGACUGCACUAUCGAAACUAAAGAAAGAGACCAAAGAAGAGAAAAUUUAAGAAAUUAUAUAAUUUUAACUUUUAAAAAUAU